AUGAGGGCUGGUGGUGGACAGUCCCUUUGUCUCCCAGCCCUGGGUGGACAAAGGGGCUUCCGGAAAGAGAGAAAGAGGAUGGCCAGUGCAAAUGGUCUCCCGCCAUCCUCAGCCCUGGUGGCCAAGCGUUCCUCUGCCCUGGGGCCAUUCCCCAGAUACGUCUGGAUCCACCAGGACACACCCCAGGAUAGCCUAGACAAGAUUUGCCAUGACAUCUGGAAGAGAGUUCAGGGCUUGCCUGAGUCCCUGCAGCCCAGGACCUCGCUGGAGAAACUCUCUGUCCCCAUGACUGCAACUGUCAGCUUCCAAGAAGAGGCUCUGGCGCUGAGUGGUGGCAAGGAUGAAAUCUCCCUGUUGGUGGAGCAGGAGUUCUUAAGCCUCACCAAAGAACAUCUCAUCUUGGUCCAAGAUGGCUCUGGGGAGCUUGCAACACCUAUCGUCACUCCCCAGGGCACCCGGGAGCUGGCUCCCUGCUUUCUCAUGCCUCCUCUCGGGACAGACAGCACUGAGUUUGCAGGAUCCUCCGUAAUGGCUGGUGACAAGCUCCAGGAGCAGGAGCUGUCCAUGCCUAUCAUCGGUAGCAGGCAGGACUCCGACUCUGCCAUGUCUGCAGUCACGGGUAUCCUUCACGCCGCCAAGGUCAAGAGUAUCAGGGAGACUAAGGACAAGGGCCACAGCACGGGUGCCUCUAAUUCGGAGAUCAGCAAACUCCUGGCCCAGUUCCCGCUGAAGUCUACUGAAAUGUCCAAGGUCCCUGACAACAAGAUGGUGCUGGAAGAGACCAAGGUCAUUAAGGACUUCCUGCAGAAUAGCAUCUUCAAUGGCUCUGGACCCCGAGAGCCCAUGGGGCUGGGCCCGUUCCUGCUGUUGCCACCCCCGCCUCCUCCUGCGCUCCCCGACAAGCUACCCGAGUUCUCUCCUCCGAAGAGGCAGCUCCCGGUGUUUGCCAAGAUCUGCUCCAAGACUGAGGCUGACCCCACCCUUGAGGGCCACCACUGGAUUGAACGAACCCCUGGCACUAAAGAGCUGGCCAAAGGUCGAGAGAGCUUCUUUCUUAGCCAGUGGCCCCAGAGCCGGAAGGAUGCGUAUGGUGAGGAGGGUUACAGUGACUCAGUGGGCACCAUCUCCAUGACUCUGCCAACCAAGAAGCCUGUGUGGCCAGCUGAGAAGAACCUGCUCUAUGAGUUCUUUGGGGCCACCAAGAACCCCAGUGGGCAGCCGAGGCUUCGAAGCAAAGUGGAUAUGGAUGGGCUAGAUCUAAAAUUUAACCCACCUACAACAGUGCCCGACAAGAACAUCAAGUAUGCUGGGAAUGUUUUUGCCCCACGCUUCACCACAGCCUUGACCUCAACCACGCUGAACCAGCCUCUCUGGCUCAAUCUCAACUGUCCACCUCCGCCAGUGUUUUCCAGCCACUCCACCUUCCCGCACUAUCAGGGCCUGUACCCACAACGGUCAACGAGGAUGCCCUACCAGCAGCCCGUGCACCCCCCGCUGGGGUGCUACUCUCGACAGGUGACACCAUACAAUCCACAGCAGAUGGGACAGCAAAUUUUCCGCUCUUCCUAUGCCCCCCUGAUGAGCUACAUCCCCUUCAUCCAGCCCAACUAUCCGUAUCCUCAGAGGACACCCCAAAAGCUGCCCGCCAAUCCCCGAGACCCUCCCCCGAUGGCAGGAGACGGGCCUCCAUACCUCUUCCCCCAGGGAUACGGGUUCAACUCAGUGCCCAGCGGCCCGUUGAUGAACAGCCCCUAUUUUUCCUCCAGUGGGAAUGGCAUACGUUUUUAG